AUGCUCUUAUCAGGCGACUGCGCACGUGUAGCAGCAGAUGCUGCAGCAGCAGCAGCAGCAGCAAAGUGUUGCAGUCCAGCAGCAGCACCUGCUUCCCCAACAUCAGCAGGAGCAGAAGCAGCAGCAGCAGCAGCAGCAGACGCAGCAGAGAAUCCACGCAGCAGCCCUCUGUCUCUUAGCGCAGACAGCAGCAGCCGCAGUGACACCGACGCUGCAGCAACAGAAGCAACAGAAGCAGACGCAGCAGCAGCAGCAGCAGCAGCAGCAGCAGCGGGGGAAGCAGCAGCUAGCGAGGUGGACCAGAUGGAGUGUGACGGGCCUUCUUCUUGCUGCCAGCUGCAGCAGGAUCCUGCUGCUGCCGUUGCAGCAUCGCCGCAGCAGCAAAGCCCAACAGCAGACGAUGCUGCAGUAGACAGUGCAGCAGCAGCAGCAGCAGCUGUUGCUGCUGCUGCUGAUGGCGAACCGCUCCUUAACGAGGCAAAGGCAGCAGCACUGCAUAGAACGCCGCUGCCAGAUGCAGCAGCAGAAGCAGCAGCAGCAGAGCAGCUUGCUGCUUCUGCUAUUGCUGCACUACCUUCUCAGCGAGGCACCUCCGCAGUGCGCAGCAGCAGCGGCAGCAGCAGCAACAGGAACACGAGCAGCAGCAGCAGCAGCAGCAGCAGCGCUGCUUCAUUGGCAUCUUUGUUGUCGUUGCCGUUGCCUGCUGCUGGUGAGGAUUCAUAUUUGCAGCAGCAGGAGCAGCAGGAGCAGCAGCAGCAGGAGCAGCAGGACGAUGAUCCCCAGCAUGCACUCGCAUUGCAGCAGCAGCUGCUGCAGCAGCUCAAGCACCACACAGAGACUUUGCGGCUGCUGCAGCAGCAGCAGCACAUUGUAAGUGGGCAAGAGGGUAGGAGAGGAGUACCAGAAGCAGACGCUGCUGCUGCAGCAGCAGCAGCAGCAGCAAAUGCAGCAGCAGCAUAUGACGGGCAGCUGUCCCCCAUAGCAGAAGCAACAGCAGCAGCAGCUGCUGCUGCAGCUGAUGCUUGUGGUCAUGAUCCUUCUUGUUCUGCUGCAGCAAAGAAAGAGGCGGAAGUUGACGAUGCAGCGGAAGCAGCAGCUCCUGCUGCUGCUGCUGCCGCUGCAGUAACUCUACUGCAGCAGCAGCAGCAGCAGCAGCAGGAGCGAGCCAAUGCGACAGGGGCUCCCUCGUCCAGCAUUGCUGCUGCAGUAUCAGGCCUGCAGCAGCUGCUGCAGCAGCACUUGCUGCUGUUGCAGCAGCUGCUUACCCAUGGUCAGCAGCAGCAGCCUGGUGUUGCUGCUGCUGACAGCGGCAAGGGUGAGGAGGCUCUGCAUGCUCUCAGGGAGCAGCUGCAGCAGCAGCUUUUGCUGCUGCAGCAGCAGCAACGCGUUCUUGUUCAGCUGCAGCAGCAAAAGGAACCUCUACAGGACGAGGAAGAGCAGCAGCAGCAGCAGGAGGCGUCAGAAAGAAGCAGUGCUGCUGCUGGUGGUGCAGCAACAGCAGCAGCAGGUCCUUCCGUGUCUGCCUUCCCAUCCUAUGGGCCUGGCAGUGCCUCCCGUGUGUCUGAGUUGCUGCAGCAGCAGCUGCAGCUGCAGCUACGGCAGCAGCAGCAGCAGCAGCAAGAGGGACAUAAGUAUGAAGGCCAGAGCAGCAACAGCAGCAGCAGCAGCUACAGCGUUGAUUGGGGUCAGCCGCAGUCAGCAGCAAGACCAUUAAGCAGCAGUGCAGCAGCUGGUGUAUCAUCACCGACAACAGCAGCAGCAGCAGCAGCAGCAGCAGAGUCUCUUGCUGCUGCUGCUGCUCUCCCUGAUGGGCUGCUGGGGGCCCCCCCUGCAGCUCUCUUAGAGUCAGCAAGAGGUCGUCUAUACUGGAGCAGCAGCCGCUGCAGAUGGGUACUAGAUUGGUGGGCCCCUCGACAGCAGCAGCAGAACGAGCAGCAGCAGCAGCAGCAGCAGCAAGACGACACAGGUUCAUGUUCAUCCGGUGUCAGUGGUUCCCUUCUUGGCGGCAGCAGCAGCAUAAUAAGCACGAACAGUAACAGCAGCAACAGUAUAAACAGUAACAACAGUAGUAGUAGUAGCAGCAGCAGCAGCAACCAGCAGCAGCAGCAGCAGCGGCAGCAAAAAACAUUUGCAUGCAGGGCCUACUGCUCUGUACCUACACCUAUUGUUGCUCAUAUGUUCUUACAGAGGGCAGUCCUCCAUGGUAGGGAGGCAGCAGAGCAUUGGUUUAGGGAGGUAACAUUAAGAGAGCAGCAGCAGACUGCAUGCAACAGCAACAGCAGCAGUAGCAGCAGCAGCAGCAGCGGCAGCGGCAGCGGCGGAGGCAGCAGCAGGAAGGAGCAGCAGCAACAACAGCAACAGCAACAGCAACAGGCGUUGCUGCAGCAGAUACAAGCGCAGCAGCAAACUCACACGCAAAAUGAACCGCCUAGUAACUCCCAACAACCGACUGCAGCAGCAGCAGCAGCUGCUGCUGCUGCUGCUGGAGGGCAGCAACACUCUUCACUGCAGCAGCAACAGCAACACCAGCUGUUGCUGCAGCAACAGCUGCAGCAACAGUUGCAACAGCAGCUUCUACUCCAACAGCAACAUCAGCAACAGUCCCCAUUGUCAGCCGCACUGCAGCAGCAGCAGCAGCAGCAGCAGCAGCAGGGAGCAGCAUCUUCACAGAAGCAUCAGCUGCAUACAACCUUGCUGCAGCGGCAGUUACAGCAGCAGCUGCUGCAGCAACAGGCGCUGCAGCAGCUGCAGCAGCAGCUGCUGCGUCAGAAGCAGCACCUUGAACAGAACAGUCAGAGAGGCAGCACAUCAGCCAGCCCAGGGCGUGCUGCAGCAGCAGCAACAGCAGCAACAGCAGCAACAGCAACGGAGAAGUGUAGCGGUCUACCUGGUGAUUCAGAAACACCCGCUAGCACCUGCAGCAGCUUAGGGGAUGAGGAUCCUCUGGGCAGUAGCAGCAGCAGCAGUAACGGCAACGGCAACGGCAGCAGCAGCAACAGCAGCAGCAGCGGUCUUCAUAGAGGUGUAUAUAAUACUAGGGGGACCAAAAGGAAGCAGGCUCCUGCUGCUGCUGCUGCAGCAGCAGCAGGAGCAGCAGGAUCCGCAGCUGGUGUUGGCGCAUCUUCUGUAAUGCAGCAACUGAAGACAGAGCAGCAGCAGCAGCAGCAGCAAGCAGCAGCAGCAGCAGCCGCCGCCGCCGCCGCAGCAGCAGCAGUGCUUCUGGAUGGCGAGGCAUCUGGGGAUGUAUCGAGUAACAACAACAACAGCAGCAGCAGCAGCAGCAGCAGCAGCAGUAGCAGCAGAGGUCGUAGGAGAGCAGCAGCAGAAGGUUUAUUGCCAGUCUUACGACGUCGUCGUACAUCAGAUGCAUCUGCUGCAGAUAGUGGCAGCUGUAGUGACGAAGCAGCAGGAGGAGGAGGAGGAGGAGCAGCAGCUGCAGCACAAUCAUCAUCAUCAUCAUCAGCAGCAACAACAACAACAGCAGCAGCAGCAGCAACAACAACAAAUACAUUAGAUGUUGCUGCUGCAUCUCUCUCCCUGCAGCAUCAUCUUGAUUAUCCCAACAGCAGCAAUAGUAAUCUUCUUCUCUUAGACAAUCCAACAACAACAACAACCUUGACAAAUACAACAAUCCCUCCCCCUCUCCCUCCCCCUACCACUACCAGCAGCAGCAAUAGCAGCAGCAGCAGCAGCAGCAGCAGCAGCAGCAGCAGCAGCACACAACGUGGACGUAGUAGUAUAGUUCGGUAUGAAAAAGAUAGAGGGAGAUGGGUUGCAGACUUUUAUACAUUUGAUGGAAAAAGAAGACAGAAAUGUUUUCAUUGUAAUUAUUAUGGUCAUAAAGCUGCUGCUGUUGCACAGAUAUAUUUGCAUGUAGCUGUACAGAAUGGUAAGGAAGCAGCAGAGACAUGGCUGCGUCGUUUCUUAGAGGGGCAGGAGGCCUUACCUGUUGAGUUGCUGAGGACGCUGCAGCAGCAGCAGCAGCAGCAACAACAACAACAACAACAGCAACAGCAACUAACAGGACCAUCCGCAUCCCUACAUCCACGACUGCAGCAGCAGCAGCAGCAGCAGCAACGUGUCCGAUCUGGUGCUGUUGGUGUUGUUAAUACGUAA